AUGGCAACUAAUCCCAACGAAGCUGUUGCUGCAACCGAACAGGUGGAAGUAAAGCAGGCUCCUCUUAUAGACAAUGGAGCAGUGAUUGGAGAUAAACCAAAAGCAGCUCCAAUUGCUACUGCACCAUCUGUAGCUACCAACGGGACUGCUACCCCCACUUCAAAAGCUGAAACUGCUCCUGUUCCAUCUUUACUUGUCCCAAGUGAAGAUUUCGAUCUUAGUAACGUUAAAAGUAAACCACCACCAAGAAAAUCUGUUGCUCCAACAUUUAGAGGUUGGAAAGAAGUUGGUGGUUGGGGUCAAGAUGAUGUCUUGACUCAAGAAGAUGAAACUGUUGAUUUAUUAUCUAAAACUUCUGUUGUUGAUACUUACUUACCUCCUGUUAUUUAUGGUGAUUGGUACCACAAUGUUGGUUAUCUUGUUGUUGGUGGAUUAUUAUCUUGGUUUAUUGGGUGGUUCAGAUUCUCCGUUGCACCAUUAUUCUUUGUUAUUGUUGUAUUUGCUAUACUUUACCGUUCGUCUAUCAAAAAGUACAGAACCACUUUGAGAGAACAAGUUCAAAGAGAAUUUUCCAUCAAAUCUAUUGAAACUGAUUAUGAAACUAUGGAUUGGUUAAAUAACUUUUUAGAAAAGUUUUGGUUUUUUUUGGAACCAUCAAUUUCAAAUAUUGUUUGUGAACAAGUUAAUCCAAUCUUAGCUUCAUCUCCUGCUCCUGGUUUCAUUAAAGCCUUAUGGAUCGAUUCAUUCAGCGCUGGUACUAAACCACCUCGUAUUGAUUGUGUUAAAACUUUACAAGGGACUAAUGAUGAUGUUGUGGUUAUGGAUUGGGGUUUUUCAUUCACUCCAAAUGCUUUAGCUGAUGCUAGUACCAAACAAUUGAAAAAUAAAAUCAAUCAAAAGACCAUUGUUAAAGCUUCUAUCUUUGGUUUCCCAUUCCAAGUUGCAGUAUCAGACAUUGCUGGUAGAGGCAUUGCCAGAGUUAGAUUAAGAAUGAUGAGUUCAUUCCCUCAUGUUGAAACUAUUAAUAUUUCAUUUUUAGAACCACCUCAAUUUGAUUUCAAUUCGAAAAUCGUUAGUGAUGCUCCUUGGAUUUGGGAAGUUCUAGCAAUUCCAGGUCUUUAUCCUUUUAUUAAUGAAAUGGUCAAAAAGUAUGCCGGUGCUAUGUUUUUCUCCCCCGUAUCUUUCCAAUUAAAUGUUCAACAAUUGUUAUCAGGUUAUGCUUUCGAUUCUGCUAUUGGUGUUUUAGCUAUCACAGCAAGUUCCGCAAGAGGUUUAAAGGGUUUCUCUAAUAUUGGUAAUACUUUAGAUCCUUACUUAACUUUUGGAUUUAAGAAGGAAGUUUCUGCAAGAACCAAGGCUAUUAGUGACACAAACAAACCAGUUUGGAACGAAACUAUUUAUAUUACUGUCAAUUCAUUAUCUGAACCUUUGAAUAUUACUGUUGUUGAUUAUAAUGAAUUCAGAAAGGAUAGAGAGGUGGGUUCUAUUCAAUUUGAUUUGGAACCAUUACUUGGUGAAGCUAAACAAUCAAACCUUACUGCUCCAUUCAUAAGAAACAAUAAACCUGUUGGUGAAUUAUUAUUUGGAUUACAAUAUAUGCCAGUAUUACAAGCUCAAAAGGGUGCCGAUGGUGCUGUUGCUCCACCACCUGAAUUGAACACUGGUAUUGCUAGAAUUGAAAUUGCUGAAGGUAGACACUUGAAAGAUGGUGAAAAGGCUGCUUCCACUUAUGCUGAAUUAUAUGUUAACGGUAAGAAUAUCUUAAAGACUGGAGUUCAAAAGAAAACAAACAACCCAGGUUGGGGUGCCUCUAAAGAAGAAAUUGUUGAUAACAAAGCCAAGGCUAAAGUUAAGGUUGUCAUUAAAAACAGUCACGAUAAAGUCAUUGGUACCAUUCAACAAUCAUUAAGUGAACUCAUUGAUGCUACUCAAACUGAAAGUAAUUGGCAUCCAUUAGCUAGAGGUGGUGAAGUUAGAAUUGCCGCUGCUUGGAAACCAGUUGAUCUUGUUUACGCCACUGGAUCUGGUGGUUACACUCCACCAAUUGGUGCUGUUAGAGUCAGUAUUGAAAGAGGUGAAGAUUUACGUAACUUGGAAGCCUUAGGUACCGUUGAUCCAUACGCAAGACUUUUAGUUAAUGGAUUUGAAAGAGCCAGAACUGUUGCUGCUGAUUCAACUACCAAUCCAACUUGGAAUGAAAUCCAUUAUGUUACCGUAUCUUCAUCCAACCAAAGACUUACUAUUGAAGUUAUGGAUGUUGAAAGAACUCAAGCUGAUCGUACUUUAGGUUCCUUUGAUGUGAGAUUAAGUGAUAUCAUCACUAAGAAUGAAAAGGGGCAAUAUGCUGAAUAUGUUGAUAAGAAUAAGAGAACCGGUAGAUUAAUCCAUAAAAAGGGUCCAAAGGGUGUUGUUACUUACUCCCUUUCUUUCUAUCCGAUUUUGCCUGUUAUGACUAUUGAAGAUCUUAAAGAAGAAGCUGAAGAAAAAGCUGCUGCUAAGAAAGAAACAGAUGAAAAAGCUGCCAAAGAAGCCGCUGAAAAGACUGCAGCAAAUGGAACCAAAGCAGAGGAAGCUGUCAAGAAAGUGGACGAAUCUGUUGCUCCAGAUCACAAGACCGAAGAAGAUGUCGAAGAAGAUGUCGAUAGCAAUACUUCUUCUAAGUUAAAAUUAUCUUUGGAAGAAUUAGUUGGAUAUAACAGUGGUAUUUUCAUCUAUGAAAUUUUUGAUGGUUCAUUGAGUAAAGAUGAUGUUUACUUACAAGCUUUCUUUGAUAAUCAUGGAUAUCAUGAUUUCGUUUCUCAACACAUCAAGUCUAAAAAAGCCAAUAUUGGUACUACUGGUGAUGUUGUUAUUAAGGAAUUAGGUUUCUCUAAAGCAUCAUUCAGAAUUGUUAAGAAGAAGGGUGACAAUAGAGCCGAAACUCCAAUUGCUGAAUAUAACGUUCCAACUCUCCAAUUAUUGAAGGAAACUUAUGGAAAACCAAGUAAGAUAAAAUUAAGUGGUGCAGGAGAAGCAGCAUUCACCAUUCAAUGUCAAUGGAUUCCCCUUAUUUAUCAAAAUGGUAUUCCACCAGCAGAUUCUAUUACCAAUACUGGUAUUUUAACCAUUAACGUUCUUCGUGCUGAAAACUUACCAGCCGCUGACAGAAACGGUAAAUCUGAUCCAUAUGUUGAGUUAUACUUGAAUACUGAUAAAGAGUCAUUCUUUAAAUCGAAGAAGAUUAAAAAGACGUUAGACCCUACCUGGAAUGAAACAACCACUGUUCAAAUUAUCAAUAAGCACGAUUCUUUUAUUAAGCUUGUUUGUAACGAUUGGGAUAUGGGUCCAGAAAAGGAUGACUUAUUAGGUAUUGGUAAAAUUCCAUUGAAAGAUGUCCUGGCGAAGGAACCAUUCGAAGUUACCCUUCCAUUAGUCGGUGAAACUGGUGGUAAUGCAGGUAACGUUUACUUGAGUCUUAGUUUCAAACCAGAAUUCCUCUUGAACGUAAGAAAAGGAAGCACAACCAUUAAUCCGUUAGGAGCAGUAGGUGCUGUCGGAAAUGUUGGUCUCGAUGCUGGUAAAGGUGUCGUCAAGGGAGUUGGUUCUGUUGGUAAAGGAAUCGGUGGUGCUUUUAAGAAAGGUUUAAACAUCGGAAGUAAAUCCUAA